GGUAUUUUAGACACAAAGGCAAUUUUGAAAGAGCUGGUAAGGAGACCAUCACUGACAUGGAUUUUUUGCUUGGUCUUUCACUGGUUUUAAUAUUAACUGGAUUUGCACGCGGCGACUGCGACAGGAAUGUUGGCCCCGCGGGUACAAAUAAAUGCGUUUUGCUUCAACCUUACUACAGCAGGUACCAGUGGGCAACUUGUCUUACUGACCAGUAUAUUAGGACUUACUCAGAGGGGAAACACGAGUGUAGAUUUUCUUCGACAUACUGUUGGUAUCAGUGUAUGAUAGAAGUACAUAGUAUUGACGAAGGACCCGUAUAUGACGAUUGCGCAUGCGGACGAGAUGCCCCACGAAAUGUUACAACACAACCGACCGUUGUGACGUCAGCCAUCCCGGAAUGGUGUUUCAGUCCAUCUGGAACAGAAUGCAGCUGGUACAGGGAUUGUCUCGAGAAACGAUAUCCAUGUAAGGAAAAGGGGAACUCCUAUGCCUUGGAUUAUGCAGAGAAGUUUUGCAAGCUGUAUCAAGACCAUUAUUCAGAAUUUGAUGACAUAGGACAGCAAUGGAUCGAUGCUGUUAGAAAAUGCCUACAAGUUAAACUUGUGCCCAUCCUUAGACCAUUUGUAAAGGCGACGUGCGAAGGAAUCAAACACACUGCAUUUGAUUCUCAUCCUGGUUGUUACCUCCAUCCUGACGAAGGCAAACCUUCUAUUUGUGAUAUAGGUUUCGCAAACUGGGCACGAGUAUUUUGGACUGUUAAAAGCGCAGUAAUUCAAGAUGCAAGAGCGACGUUCAAGCAGAUGUUAGAUGUUGUGCAGGGGUGUGGUUCUGUAUUACUGGACAAUAGAAUGCAGCUUAUAAAACUGAAUUUUAAGAAGACAAAAGAUAAUAUACAAAGACGUUUAGAUGAAAUUGCAAAAAAUGUUUCAGAUUUGAUAUCAGAAAAAAUGAGCUGGUUUAAAAGAGGGAUUAUGCAUUUCGGAUACCCAGCGCAAGACAGAUCAAAUCGUAACAAACGCGCCACUGACAACGACACUGAUGUUGAUAACCUAUACAUCAACAUACUGAUAGCUGCAAGCUCUGAAUUUGAUCUGAACGCCAAAAACAUCCCCGCCGCAAAUAUAUCAGCUGAAGCCAUCGAUGUUGCUAAAGCGAUAGAAAACGGAGAUGUGCGCGUUAAGAUGGAGGACGGAUUAGAAUUUACAGAACUGAGUGUCUGCCUAAACUACAACUGCACCGAAACCUCUCUACAAGUUACCCCGGCUCCAUCAGAGGAGAUAGAAAAAGAUGGUGGUAUUCGUGCAUCGACCGUUAUUAUUAUUGUGGUUGCGGCGACAUUUUUUCUAGUCUUGGUGGCACUGAGCGUAGUUGUGCUGCGAAAAAUGCGCAAGUGUUAAGAGUGUACUGAUGAGGGUUUUUUUAUUGUCGAACUGAAACGAAUGCCGAACGCUGUCUGCGCCAAGAAAAAAACUAAUGAUUUGAGAAAUUUUUAGAAUGCGUGUUUAUAUUUGUGAGUGGUGCGCAUUAUGUGGACUCGAAAUCAAUUUUUUACUAGGUUUUGGAAUUAUUAACACUGUGAGGACGGACUAUUUCAAGUUGAGAGCGUAUGUAGACUCUAAGUCGACUUUCUGCCACGUCUUUAAAGUGGAGAACGGACUAUUUCAGUUUUGUUUGUGAGUUGUGUGCGUAUGUGAACUCGACCUUCUGCCUCGUCCUGAAAAAGUUGUUGACACUUCGGGGAUGGACUAUUUCAAGUUUAUAUUUGUGAGUUGUGCGUGUAUGUAUCGGAUAGUUGUCACACAGUUUUCUGGGCUAUUUACCCUAAAUCUAACUACAAAUAAUUAUCAUGUAGUCUGGACCGCCUUAAAUGUUAUGUACCUGACAAAGGACUGAAUAAAUAGUCCAUUAUAAAAAAAGAUUUCUUUGUACCAGCAGCACUUCAUGUUUUAGAAUAUUUCAACAAGAAAAACAUUAUGUGUUAUAUUGUUUGCAUUACUCAAAUAUACAAUGCAUCUGGAGUGCAGAUAUCAAAUGUAAGAAUAAAUUAUACUGCGUUACUAUAAAUUGUACAACUGUAUAUGUAGUUUAAUCUAAAAAAGCCAGAGGUUGUUCUUUUUAGCUCCACUAUUCGGAGAAUAGGGGUGCUAUUCUACUCGUCCCGGCGUCGGUGUCGGCGUGAGCUUUCUUGGUUAAAGUGUUUCGGCAACCUUUGAUUUUCUUUGUUACUAUUGCUUACAUCUUACUGUAACUUCACAUUAACAUUGUUCAGCAUGCAAACAAAGUAUGUGCAAGGGCUGGGGCCAUUAAACCCAAGGUCAAGGUCACCAAGGUGUUAUACUAAAGUUAUUUUUAAAGUUAAAGUUUUUUCGGUAACCUUUGUUUUUCUGUCAUAUCUUUGUUACUAUUGCUUAUAAUUUACUGUAACUUCAAACAAAUAUUGUCCAUUAUACCAGUAAAGUAUGUGCAAGGUCACCAAGUUGUUAUACUUCGAGUUAUUUUCAUGUGAAAUGUUUUCGAAAGCUUCGUUUAUAGACAUAUCAAUGGCACUUUAGUAGAUAAUGACUUAAAGUUAAGAAUAUUUUUUUAUAAUCGUUAUCUGCAUGUGUAGUUAUAAUCCCCAUAACUCUAAUUGUAUAUUUGACAGAAUUAUUCCCCUUUUAUACUUAAAGUUCUUUGGCAAUCUUCGCUUUCUGGAUAUAACAAUAUAAGAUAAUGACUUGAAACUUAAAUGUAUCUUUUAUUGUUAAAUCGCCGAAUAGUGGAGCGCGCUGUCUUACAGGCAGCUCUUGUUUUUGUAGGGAUGCGCUGUAUUCGUUUAAGACAGAGAGUAUAUAGUGUUAGGAAGAAAUUAGGCGAUGGCAUGUUUGUUCAAGAGAAUUUAACUCCGUUUCGUGAAUACCUAAGUUAUGAAACAAGGCAGCUUAAACGGGCAGGUCUUUUAACGAAGACCUGGGUAGCAGGAUGCAAGGUGUUUGCGCAAGUGACAGGGGAGCCGACGGUUCGCCAAAUCAUGAAUAUGGACGACAUCAGUGCUAUAAGAGAAAGCAAAGCACCACCAAGUAACUGAGUUUGACAGCUGUCAAAAUAUGUAAACAAACUUAUCGGGCAUCAAUUCGUGACCAUUGUUGACAUGUCUAUUGUUCACUCAACCCUGCAAUAUUAAAGCUUCUAUAUAUCGUUACUAAUGUGUAUAGUAUAAUGUGUAUUGAUUUUCACUUACCAUUAUUUUACAUAAGCAGACGACUUGUUUUCAUAUAUUGUUACUUUCUGUAUACUGCUCUUAUGUUUAUAUUGUUCUCAAGUUUCCUUAUUCUGUAUAGUAUGUCAAUUUUGUAGUUUUAAUUCACUAUGGCACAUUUAUAUUUAUAUUAAAUCCAGAUUCACAAACAGAAAUCCAUUGUCUCUGUAGUGCACGAGGAAAUAGCCACACGGGAAAUAACUGAUCUACCACACAUGUCCUAGGUAAUAUGGAUUAUUUCUCUUGAUAUAUCUAUAUUUAUUUUUUAAAUAGGAAUUACAUGUAAUUCAAAUUGACAAUUAAAGUUUUACUUUUGUUGAAAUGUUAAUAAUAAUAUGAAUAAUUGAAUGUUUUUUCUCUUUCUUGCUAGAUGAUUUUUUAGCAGUUUAGGAUAAACGCUUGAAAACUAAGUGUCGUUUUCAGUUUACUAAAUUAUAUACAAUGUACUUUGUUUUUGAUGAUAUUAGAUUAACAAUUUGUAUAGUAUAUUAGACUAAAAUUCUGCUAUAUGUAUAAUGAAUUUAGAAAAGAACAUGUAUAUUAAUUACUGAUAUGUUGUUAUUUAAUGCAUGAAAUCAAGUACAAUUGUAGCUGUGUAAAAUAUUUGUGUCAAUUUGUGACAAUUUUUAAUUAUUGUGUUACUCUCUCAUUGAGUCGGAAAUUACUUUGUAGAUACUAAACAUGAUCCCGUAGAGGAUAGAGGAACUAAUUUCAUCUUUUUAGCUUUUGGCUUCAUCUCAGUAUGUUUCUUCUUAAUGUUUCUAUUAUAUAUUUCACUCUCAGAAUUUGUUUGGAAAGUUGCCCUUUGUCGUUGAUGUUUCGUCUGCUCUUUGCCUUAUCCGAGCCCGGCAGUAUUCAUUUCACGGUCCGCUGGUCGGUCACAUUACAUAAAACAGUUGUACUGUAUCCGUUUAGGUGAAUGAUUUAGUGGCUUACCGAUCGGCUGUUGGACUGUUUAAUAACAGCCAGCCAUUUCAGAAGCAUGCUAUUUUUAAUUAUAAUUUCUUUACAUUUUUUAUAGUAUGGGUGAUCAAAAUUACACUACACGUGUUAUGUUUGUUUGUUUGUCUGUUUUGGGUUUAACGCCGUUUUUCAACAGUAUUUCAGUCAUGUAACGUUAUUGGACAGAAGUAUAGCGAUGCUACAACAUAGUAUUCUUAACAUAUAUUUUACAUUUACUAUUUUGCUAUUAGUAUGUAGCACUGGUGUUCAAGGGGAGAUAACUAACGUUUACACUUUUGGGUUGAUAGGUUCGUAUAACCUGAUAGUUUUAAGGUUUUUAUUAAUAUUGUCUGGAGAUGUUGAAAUGAAUCCGGGUCCUGAGAACGCGGCUUUGUCAGUUUUCCAUCAAAAUAUACGUAGCAUUAGAAACAAAUUUGAAUACAUAAAAAACAAUUUUCUGGAAUUCGAUGUAUUAUGUUUCACUGAAACUAAAUUAUCUGCUGACAUUACGAGUGAUAUGAUUACAUUAGA